AGAAAGCCAAGUAUAUUAUAAACCCUAAAAUCCAUUAGGGUUUCGUAAACCUAGACUCAUGGCCUGCACAAUCGACUUUCGCUGCCUCGAUGAGGGUUUCGGCGGCAAAACCUACAAGCGCAAGAGGGAGCAGCAGUCCCAAACGCACACUGAUGACGUCAUCACCGGCAAAGAUGGCGUUUCUCUCAUGGACACCGACGAGACCGUCCCGCCUCCGGCGAAGCGAUCGGCGCUAACGUCGUCGGAGAAUCCGGACAAGCCUGUGUACGGUCAGCCGAGCUACGACGGCGUGAUUGCCGGUAAGGUAUCCGGUCGGAAGUGGAAACAGGUGCGGCAGCGGAGGGCUUCGGCGACGCAGGUGAGCCGGAAAGGGACGACUUUCGAGCAGAGGGAGAGGGAGAAGAUGAUUAAGAAGGCGUACAAAGAGAGGAUGAUGGAGCUGAAGGAGGAGAUUCGGUUGAACAAGGUGGAGAAGCGGAAGAAAAGAGAGGAAAGGGAGAAGAAGAAGAAAGAGAAUAUUCUCAAAUCUGGAACCAAGUUCCAGAAGAUUACCAACCCUAACACCUUGAAGAAGAUUGCCAAAUCGAAAAACCGGAAGCAGCUUAGGGUUGUUCCUGAUGAAUUGCUCAAGAAAUAGAUAUCUGUAUUUGAUUUUUGUUUUUAUUUAAGUUUUAAUAUAUUGUUUUUUGGUGGAAAAUUAUUUAGUAUUAAUGCGUACUAUGAGUGAUUAAUUAAGAAUGCAAAAUUGGGGCUCUUCCUGCCGCAAUCAACAAUGGCAAUAUAGUUUACUUCUAUUACUUAA